UGAGGAGUAUGUGGGAGAGGAGGAGGGAGCAGGACGAGGCAGGGAGGUGUGUAGCUCUGCUGCUGCUGCUGAAAAUCCACUCCAGAUAAAUGCAUUUCCUCUGCCGCAGCACGGCCAGGAGGCUGCUUUGAAACGUCCAGCAGACAACAUUGUCUUCCUCUUCCACGCCGACUGUCCAUCAGAGGGAAGGAGGCUCUCCAGACCUCCGCAAGCUCAUCCUUUUGUUCCCUUCAAAACGCUUCCCUUUCGUGUCUUCUGAGACUUCUUAAGGACCUAAAAGUGCGCUGACCCGAGACAGCUGGAGCUCUGCAUCUGCAGGUCAGAUGUUGGUUACCGUGAGUCCAAAGUUCAUUUUACAGCUCGUUUGAGAUUCCUGUUCCUGGACGUACGUCUGGUCUGUUUCAUCCUCGUCAUCGUUGCGCUUCCAACGGAGAAAUGAGGGCUGAGGUGCUGGUCAUCUGGGUCAGUGUGACCCUGUGCUGCGCCCUGUCCUGUGCCGGAGCAGCCGUAAAGGAGAACAAAGUCUCCGAAGGCCAGGUUCAGGCCAGAGAAACGCGAGGACUGGUCCAACACAGGAGACCGGAGGAGGAAGGAGAUGUUGAAAUGUCAGACGAGCCUGCUGUAGAGGUGAAAGCGGAGAAGACGAAGCCAAAGAAGAAGAAAACACCUGAGGAAAUUGAGGCAGCCAGAGCAAAGAAAGCAGCAGAGAAGGAGGCCAAAGCAAAGAAGCAGAAGGCCCCCAAGCCCACCAAAAAGCCAAAACCCCCAAAAGCCACCAAGAAACCGAAACCACCAAAACCCACAAAGAAGCCAAAGGCGCCCAAACCCACCAAGAAACCAAAGACAACAACCACGGUGCAGCCACACACCAAGCGUCCUUCUCUGGAUGAGGAAGAGGAGAAACUGCUGAUCGAACUGGGCUGGGACACAUUAUUUCAGCCUGUGACCCCAAAGGGGCCCGAAAGAGAGGAGCCUGUUGAGCCGGGCCUGGAUAAGGUGCCUGGUGGAUCCCCCGGUAAAAAGGAGGCCACAACUACUGAGGUCAUCAUGUACAUACCAGAGGAAGUCACCACUGUUCCAUAUGUAGGUCCCUGGUACGAAGAAUACGAUUACGAUGACCUGGCCGUUAAGAAACAAGAAGAGGAGGAGGAGAGAGCUCGAAAGGAAAAGGCAGAGAAAGCUGAGCGGCUGAGGAAGAAGUGGGAGGAGGAGGACGACGAGGAGAGGCUGAAGCAGAGUUCAGUGCCCACCGAACCUAAAAAGUGUCCUCCCCUGGGCUUGGAGUCUCACCGGGUGGAGGACGACCAGCUGCUGGCUUCCUCCCAGUCUCACCAUGGCUUCACGGCUGAGAGGGGACGACUCAACAUGCAGGGCUCCGAUAAUGAGGAGGAUAUGUACGGAGGCGCGUGGUGCGCGGAGCCAGAGGAGAGAAACCACUGGUUUGAGGUAGAUGCCCGUCGAGAGGUGGAGUUCACUGGGGUCAUCACCCAGGGACGAAACUCAGAGCAAGAUGAGGAUUUCGUGUCCUCCUACUUUGUGGCCUUCAGUAACGACAGUCGCGACUGGACCUUACUUCACGAUGGCUACGCUGAAUGGUUGUUCUAUGGAAACGUGGAUAAGGACACACCGGUGAUGAGUCAGUUUUCUACACCCGUGGUGGCCCGUUACAUCCGCAUCCUGCCUCAGAGCUGGAACGGCAGCCUGUGUCUCAGGGCUGAGAUCCUGGCCUGUCAACUCCCCAGCGGUUAUCGCAGUGAGAAUGAGGUGAACCCAUCGGACGACCUGGACUUCAGACACCACAACUACAAGGACAUGAGACAGGUCUAUGAUGAAGGUCUUCCAGAUGUGAUCACCAGGAUUAAAAGCUCUCAGGGCCUGAAGAUGUAUGCCAUGGAGAUCUCUGACAACCCAGGGGAGCAUGAGACAGGCGAACCAGAAUUUCGAUACACGGCUGGUCUCCACGGCAACGAGGCGCUGGGCCGAGAGCUUCUCCUCCUGCUCAUGCAGUUUCUGUGCAAGGAGUACAACGACGAAAACCCCAGAGUGCGCCGCCUGGUGGACGGAGUGAGAAUACACCUGGUGCCUUCGCUCAACCCCGAUGCUUACGAGCUGGCCUAUGAGAUGGGCUCAGAGAUGGGGAACUGGGCACUGGGCCACUGGACUGAAGAAGGUUACGACAUUUUCCAGAAUUUCCCGGACCUCAACAGCAUCUUGUGGGGUGCCGAGGAAAGAGGCUGGGUGCCCCGUGUGGUGCCCAAUCAUCACAUUCCCUUACCAGAAAACUUCCUCAAUGGCUCUCUUGCUGCUGAGACUAAAGCCAUCAUUUCCUGGAUGGAGCGCAACCCAUUUGUGCUGGGAGCUAAUUUGCAAGGAGGAGAAAAACUGGUCGCAUACCCCUUUGACAUGCAGCGCCCACCAGUUUCUUCAAUCGACAGCCGGCGUUGGAGGACCAAUGGUGAAAUGAACGAGGAGACGUGGGCCCGUAUCCAGCGGCAGAACGAUGGGGCUCUGAGGGAGACGCCAGACGACGCCAUGUUUCGAUGGUUGGCAAUGUCGUACGCCCACAGCCAUCUGACCAUGACCGAGACCUACCGGGGCUCCUGCCACGGUGAUGACGUCACCGGGGGACAGGGCAUCAUCAACAGAGCCAGCUGGAAGCCGGUGGUGGGCAGUAUGAAUGACUUCAGCUACCUGCACACCAACUGCUUCGAGCUCUCCAUUUUCCUGGGCUGUGACAAGUUCCCCCAUGAAAGUGAACUACCUCUCGAGUGGGAGAACAACCGCGAGGCUCUGCUGUCCUUCAUUGAACAAGUUAAUCGAGGGAUAAAGGGUUCAGUGACAGAUGGGGAUGGAAAUCCACUGCCUAACGCCACCAUAUCCGUGGAGGGAAUACGGCACGAUGUCAGAACUGCUGUAGGUGGCGAUUACUGGCGGCUGCUGAAUCCUGGAGAGUACAGAGUAACGGCCAGAGCCGACGGCUACACCCCUCAGACCAGACUCUGCAUGGUGGGCUACGACUCUGGAGCCACUCGGUGCAGCUUCACCUUAGCAAAAUCCAACUGGGACCGCAUCAAGCACAUCAUGUCGCUGAACGGCGGGAGGCCCAUUCGACUGGUCCCCAAGGCAAAUGUAGUGAAAACGACCACGGCCAGCAUGGUGGGAGCCACCAGCCCCGUCCCAGAGAUUGACGCCCACGCCAUCGCUCAGAAAGUGGAGCGACAAAGGCGGCUCCGGCUCAUGCGUUUACGCAGGCUGCGUCUGCACCGAUUAAGAGCGAAUCUUAGUACCACUCCUACUACUACUACUACUACUACUACUACUACGACGACAACAACCACCACAACAACAACCACCACCACAACUCAACCACCUGAAACUGAGAGAACAACCUCCUGGUACGACUCCUGGUUUCCUGUGGACAGUUGGUCGACCGAGAACCCAUUCGACAGCGUAAUCUUUGACUCAGUGCCCACGCAGGACUAUCCUUUUGAAUUCACUAUUGAUUGAUCCCUACACUGUACGAGCCCACAUUUAUGUUACGCAAAGACCUUACUAACCACUUCAUGAUCCUCCAACACCAGAGCUUUAAGAAUACAAAUUACACAGGUUGUUAAUUUUUCAGGUGUCAGAAAGUUUUCACCUCUUGGGUUUACAGUUGAGCGGAGAGAGGCACGUCCAGAAGACGCUUUUUGUCUUUUUGCAAAGUUCUUUACAGAGGAUUGAUCUGGAAUAGAAAGCCUCUGCUGAGCAGAGACUAUAGAGCACAAGUUCGGUUGAGUUUCUGUUCAGUAAAACAAAAUACAGUACGUCACAAUACAAACAGGACAUGUUUAAGUACUUUUCCAUAAGAAAUCUAUAAACACCUUUAUGUUUCUUUAAUAGCUUUACAGUGCGAUUGCUGGCCUCAGUUAAAUGUACUGCAGAAUGCAUUUGAUUAAAAUGAAGUUAUUUUC